GAAAAGGAGAGAAGGUGGAGCAUUUGCACUCAAGAAAGGAGUGUAUAUGUGUAAAUAAGAUCAUAUUUUGUUGUGUGGUGGUUCCUGUGCGACAUACGGAUUAAAAGCAAGAGGACCUGCUGAUUCUACUGGUAUAACUCAAUCUAAACUGGAGCAAAGAGACGACUGAGUGAAGGUAAAAGAAAAUCACUUGGAGCAUCGGUGUCAAUUGGAGAAUUAAUUUACUCCCAGCUCCAAUUAAACAUUUGUGGAUUUUCAUUUGUAUCUCUCAUUUGGACUGAAAAGACAAACAGAGAUUUUGCAUCAUUCUCAUAAUGUGAUUUUUUUUCCUUGAACUCAUCCUUCUGGAAAUUUCAGUAAAAAUCAGGAUUUCAAGAUGACUACAAUCAUACUGGAAAAGAAAGAUUUUGAGAACAGUUCUGCUGAACAAACACAUGUACAAUAACAAAGCUUGAUAACAGAUGUUGUUGACAAGUUUUAGAAGCCUAAUACAACAUUUAUUUAGCAAAGGAUUCAAAAAUCAAGUUCUAGCUUGAAUGGGCGUGCCAACAAAACUGAAUCAUUGCAAAUGCAAAAAUAAAAAGGAACUUUUCUGCUUAGUGGAAUUUUGAAGUCUGCAUGUCACCCAUAAUAUACUUGCAAAUAAAGUGCCUUGCCUGAAAAAAUGGAUAGUUAUCCUGCUAAUUCAUUCUUUAACAACUUCUCCAACCUUUUCAACCGUAUAGAGAAAACCGAAGACACACCAGUUCUUUCAUCUUUUCGUUCCCUGUCCGAGAAAGACACUGAAACUCAGAACAGCAGCAUCCAAAAAACUCACAAUAUUAGAUUUGAUAAUGAUUCACCUGUUGAAAAGGAUCUCAAAGCAAUGGAUGUUUCUAGUCAAAUUAAUAGCAGGACGUCAUCUGAGACAGAAGUCUUAACAGAGACAGAGGAUGUUUUAGCAAGAACAAUUCAGCCUAGAGAUGAAUGCAAUAACAAUCUGGGUCAGAGAUCAUCUUUGGAGCAAAUAAGGGAUAAUAAUGUUGAAACUCACAGUAAUACUAGCAUGGACCGAGAUGAAGUCAAAACUCAUGAAACACCAACUCAUACUGGAAAGGAAUUCUUGGACAUGGACCUGCAAGUCAAUGUGGAUCAAGGCAAUUCAUGGAAAGAUUCAUCCUUGACAAGUCAGGGUGACCAAAGGGUGGCAGAUGGCCAGGCUGACCUGCUUUCCAAAGCAUUUAGCCAGGAAUAUAAUGAUGCUAGCCUGAGUAACGAAGCACCAGAAGAGAGCCACAGAGGUGGAGAUCUCUCAGACUGUAUCAGCAAACAGACUGCAGAGGGAUUACCAGACAAAGUUAUGAGAGAUGGCAACACAACUAAUAUCACCAAAGAAGAGGUAUUAUCUACUGCACAGUAUGAGGGUAAAUGUCAAGAGUGGACAAAUGAGGUUAAACAUAUGCAAACCAAAACUCAGGAACCAGCAUGUAUGAACAAAAAUGAGGAACUAUACACAGAGAGUACAAGUUCUACAGACAUCAACAAUCCAAUCUCUACUGGAGCAGUCUCAGAUCAGGCAGAUGAGGCCCUGUCUACUUUUAAAAGUAAUCUGGUUAUACCUAAUGGAGACUUUGGUACAAAUACAAAGUGCGCACACUCAGACACAGGCAAUGAGAUCCAACCAAAAGUGGAAUUCUGGAGCUCCUUAAUUCCAGACACAUGUAAUGGAUGUCAUGUGGAAUCAGACAGGCAAUCCAGUUCAGAAAGUGGAGACACAUUCCUCAAAGUCGAGUCUGAUCAAAUGUUAUUAAAAUUAGAACCAACAACUCCAGACAGUCUCAAUGAAACACAGAAGGGGAGAGGAACAAAAGAUGUACAAGAAUUGAGUAAGCUAGAAAUGAAGAAGAAUGAAGAACAAGAUGGAGGGACAAUGAUGAAAGAUGAAAGUGAUAACCUGGUACAAAUAGAGGGAGAAAACAAAGAAAGAGUGAUGGAGGAAGAGAAAAGGGAUAUAUUACAAGAAGACAGCAAUUCAGAGUCUUUAGAUACUCCCUCAGCUCCUGGGUACCUAGAAGAGCCACCAAAAACUGAAAAUGCUUCUAGGCCCACCAGAAGAGUAACCUUCUCUCCAGGCCUAAAGUUGCAGAAACCUCCCCAGCUACCCACCAUCUUUAGUGGACUGAAAGGGUUGAAAAAAGAAGUGCGUGACAAGCCGAAAAAAGCAUUAACCCUUGAACAACCUACGAGUCCUGUCCUGACGAAACAGGCCUCUGUUAAAUGGGCACUUUUCUCUGAGAAACAUUCCAAAAGUGAGGUUAAAGGAAGCAUCCUUGAGCAGCUCUCUCAACUCCUGAGCUUUGAUGCUGGCAAAGUAGGAGCAAAAAAAGCACAGGAACCCACAACAAGUCCUCCACUCUCACCCAGCAGCGAGGCCCCAGUAGCAGAAAUGCCUCCCGUAGAGGAAAGUGUGAAGGGUCCUGAUGUUGCGUCAUCAGAGGAAAGUGGCAAAUCAACAAAUACAGAGACAGCCCUCAAUGCUUUCAAGGCUUUCUUUACCCCUAAACCAGCUAAGAGGGACACCUCAGACCAUAUCGACCUGGAUGCAGUAAAGAGGGCAUUCAACCCAGAGACAAUCCGAGCUAUCUUUGACAGAAAUUCUAGCAAGUCUCCAGACAACAAGAACAUCUUUGAUACCAAAUCUCCCGAGAGCGAGGAGAGGACCCCGGGACGUCUGCAGGCCGUCUGGCCCCCUCCAAAGCCCAAAGACAAGGAGGAGAAAAUUGGGUUAAAAUACACAGAGGCUGAGCAUCAGGCAGCUCUUCUACAUCUAAAAAGGGAGUGCAAAGAAGAGUUGGAGGCAUUAGAGGCGGAUUUUAAGCUCAAGCUCUACCACCUCAGAGAGGAGAAUGAAGAAUCUGUGUCCAGACUGCAAGCAGCAAUUGCGGAUCUGAAAAAGGCUGCCAAGUGCUCACAUGGUGAACUCAGAGAUGCGGCUGUGUCAACAGAAGACAACUUCACACCUCGCAGUUUUCGCACUGUGUGCAUUCAGACAGACCGAGAGACUUUUAUUAAGCCUGUGGAGGAGCCAGAGUUAAGCAAAGACCUUUGCCCUCAACAAAAUGUGCCUAAAAAACUUGAUCUUGCAUCAAUCAGCCGUAGCCUUUCGGGCAAACAGGAGACUGGUCUGCCUCCAUUACAGCCACUGCCACCACCACCACCACUGUCUGUUCAGUCAGGAUUUGAUAAUGUAACUUCAAAACCUUCACCAUCACUGCCUGGUCCUUCUGAGUGUUAUUCAAAACCUACUCAGUCAGAAAAGUGCCCGCCACUCACACAAGACUAUGGCCCACCUCCUCCACCACCACCUCCACCAACAAUCAGCACUGGUCUCUCUCCUCCACCACCCCUACCAGGCCCUGUGCCCUCUCCUCCCACUGGAGGUGGAUUGUUCCUCUCUAGAGCUGAGGAGAGACCGCAACGAAAGCCAAGAGUGGAACCCAUCUGCCCAAUGAAGCCACUCUACUGGACGCGGAUACAGAUUCAAGACAGCAGAAAUGAUAAUUUGUGGAGCUUGCUGAAGGAGCCAGCCAUAAUAAAUACUAAUGAGUUUGCCGAGUUGUUUGCUAAAAUGGCUUCACCUGCCAAAAGGAAACCCCUAUCUGAGGCCUACGACAAGACAGCCAAAGUCAAGAAGAUCAUUAAGGUGUUGGACAGCAAGCGUUCUCAAGCUGUGGGCAUCUUAAUCUCAAGUCUUCACCUGGAGAUGAAGGACAUACAGCAGGCUGUUUUGAUGAUGGACAACUCUGUGGUUGAUCUGGAUGCUAUUGAAGCCCUGUAUGAAAAUAGAGCUCAGCCUGAAGAGUUGGCGAGAAUAAGAAAACACUAUGAAACCUCAGAUGAAGAACAUAUCAGACUGCUGGACAAGCCUGAACAGUUCCUGUAUGAGCUCUCUCUGAUUCCCCAAUUCUCUCUGAGAGCACGCUGUAUCAUUCUCCAGUCAACAUUCACUGACGCUGUUGCAUCUAUCCAGCGCAAAACAAACAUGGUUCUACAAGUGUGCAAGGGUCUACUGGAGAGAGACAGUGUGAGAGAGGUGCUGGGGCUGGUCCUUGCCUUCGGGAACUACAUGAAUGGCGGGAGCAGAAACCGAGGCCAGGCAGAUGGCUUUGGCCUCGAGAUUCUCCCCAAGCUCAAAGAUGUUAAGAGCAGGGAUAACCGCAUGAGUCUGGUGGAUUACGUAGUGUCUUACUACCUACGCAAUCUUGAUAAGAAUUCUGGGACAGAAGACUGUGUGUUUCCAUUGCCUGAGCCUCAGGAUGUCUUCCUUGCUUCCCAAGUUAAGUUUGAAGACCUUUCCAAAGAGCUCCGGAAGCUGGGCAAAGACCUUGAAGGUUGUGAGAAGGAUGUCCAAAGAGUGUGGUUAACAUCAGCUCAAGAAUACAUCCAUCCCUUCAAGGAGAAAAUGGAAGCUUUUAUCGCCAGUGCCCAAAAAGAACAAAGAGCAACUGAACAUCAUCUCAUAUCUGCCCAAAAAAGCUUCCAUGACCUGGUGCAGUACUUUGGGAUCAGGCCACGUUCUGGCGAGCAGGAUGUCCUACCAGGCCAUGUUUUUAUGCUCUGGUUUGAAUUCUGCAAUGACUUCAAGACCAGAUGGAAGAGGGAGAACAAGGCCAUUUCCAAUGAGAGACUGAAAGAGGCCCAGCAGUCAGUGCACAACAUCACAGCAGACAAAAAAGUGGAGACCAGGCAGGUCCAUGCAAACGGCCUGAAGGAAAGACUGCGUCUAAAAGAAGCAAGCCUAUCGAGCACCUGAGACACAACAGACCCUCCACAAUGAUAGUGUAAUGUUUAUAUGACUCAAUAUAACUCAAGCCUGUUUUUUUUUUUUUCAACCUUAUUUUCAUUCUGUAUCUGCAUGUAACUUUGGCUUGUUUCUGCAUAAGAAUCAAUAAUAAUUCAAUAGUUUUGUGUUCUUGUGCUGAUUAAAUGCGAUGAUUAACAUGAGAUUUGAAUCAGUUCACCCCAAUUCAAUUUUAUUUUUGUAGCACUUUUAACAAUAGACAUUGUCAUAAAGCCGCUUUACAGAAAUGUAGAUUUAGAUCCCUAAUGAGCAAGCAGGAGGCGACUGUGGCAAGGAAAAACUCCCCGAGACGAGAUAAGGGAGAAACCUUGAGAGGAACCAGACUCAAAAGGGAACCCAUCCUCUUCUGUGUGACUCCAGAUAGUGAAAUUAUAAAUCAUUACACCUGUAUACUAUAAAGUCCAACAGUGCUAAGUGUGAUGAAAGAAAGUUCAGUAUGAGCUUAUGGUUACAGCAGCAGUUCUGUAACCAAGACUGGGAACCAACCCAAGUGGAUUUAGUUUUAUUAAAUAUGGAUAGAUUGGCCAAUAUCCUCAGCUUCUGUGUACUUAAAGAAAA